AUGAGGCAAAGCACCUUCCAUGAUGUUCAUGAAGAUCUGUGUCAUUCUUCUUCUGUGUGCUGCCUCAGGCAACACACAAACAACCACAGCUGCCGCAGCAACAACCACAGCUGCUGCAGGAACAACCACGGCUGCUGUAGCAACAACCACAGCUGCCGCAGCAACAACCACAGCUGCUGGAGGAACAACCACGGCUGCUGUAGCAACAACCACAGCUGCACCAGCAACAACCACAGCUGCCGCAGCAACAACCACAGCUGCUGCAGCAACAACCACAGCUGCUGCAGGAACAACCACAGCUGCCGCAGGAACAACCACAGCUGCACCAGCGACAACCACAGCUGCCGCAGGAACAACCACGGCUGCUGUAGCAACAACCACAGCUGCACCAGCAACAACCACAGCUGCCGCAGCAACAACCACAGCUGCUGCAGCAACAACCACAGCUGCUGCAGGAACAACCACAGCUGCCGCAGGAACAACCACAGCUGCACCAGCGACAACCACAGCUGCCGCAGCAACAACCACAGCUGCUGCAGGAACAACCACAGCUGCCGCAGCAACAACCACAGCUGCUGCAGGAACAACCACAGCUGCCGCAGGAACAACCACAGCUGCCGCAGGAACAACCACAGCUGCUGCAGGAACAACCACAGCUGCCGCAGGAACAACCACAGCUGCACCAGCGACAACCACAGCUGCCGCAGCAACAACCACAGCUGCUGCAGGAACAACCACAGCUGCUGCAGGAACAACCACAGCUGCCGCAGCAACAACCACAGCUGCUGCAGGAACAACCACAGCUGCCGCAGGAACAACCACAGCUGCACCAGCAACAACCACAGCUGCUGCAGGAACAACCACAGCUGCUGCAGGAACAACCACAGCUGCACCAGCAACAACCACAGCUGCUGCAACAACCACAGCUGCACCAGCAACAACCACAGCUGCUGCAGGAACAACCACAGCUGCACCAGCAACAACCACAGCUGCACCAGCAACAACCACAGCUGCUGCAGGAACAACCACAGCUGCACCAGGAACAACCACAGCUGCACCAGCAACAACCACAGCUGCUGCAGGAACAACCACAGCUGCUGCAGGAACAACCACAGCUGCCGCAGGAACAACCACAGCUGCACCAGCAACAACCACAGCUGCUGCAGGAACAACCACAGCUGCUGCAGGAACAACCACAGCUGCCGCAGGAACAACCACAGCUGCACCAGCAACAACCACAGCUGCUGCAGGAACAACCACAGCUGCUGCAGGAACAACCACAGCUGCCGCAGCAACAACCACAGCUGCACCAGGAACAACCACAGCUGCCGCAGCAACAACCACAGCUGCCGCAGGAACAACCACAGCUGCCGCAGCAACAACCACAGCUGCACCAGGAACAACCACAGCUGCUGCAGGAACAACCACAGCUGCACCAGCAACAACCACAGCUGCACCAGCAACAACCACAGCUGCUGCAGCAACAACCACAGCUGCUGCAGGAACAACCACAGCUGCACCAGCAACAACCACAGCUGCACCAGGAACAACCACAGCUGCACCAGCAACAACCACAGCUGCUGCAGGAACAACCACAGCUGCCGCAGGAACAACCACAGCUGCACCAGCAACAACCACAGCUGCUGCAGGAACAACCACAGCUGCCGCAGGAACAACCACAGCUGCCGCAGGAACAACCACAGCUGCACCAGCAACAACCACAGCUGCUGCAGGAACAACCACAGCUGCCGCAGGAACAACCACAGCUGCCGCAGGAACAACCACAGCUGCCGCAGCAACAACCACAGCUGCACCAGGAACAACCACAGCUGCCGCAGGAACAACCACAGCUGCCGCAGGAACAACCACAGCUGCACCAGGAACAACCACAGCUGCCGCAGGAACAACCACAGCUGCCGCAGGAACAACCACAGCUGCACCAGCAACAACCACAGCUGCUGCAGGAACAACCACAGCUGCCGCAGGAACAACCACAGCUGCACCAGCAACAACCACAGCUGCUGCAGGAACAACCACAGCUGCACCAGCAACAACCACAGCUGCUGCAGAAACAACCACAGCUGCCCGAGCAACAACCACAGCUGCUGCAGGAACAACCACAGCUGCACCAGCAACAACCACAGCUGCUGCAACAACCACAGCUGCCCAAGCAACAACCACGGCUGCACCAGCAACAACCACAGCUGCUGCAACAACCACAGCUGCACCAGGAACAACCACAGCUGCCGCAGCAACAACCACAGCUGCCGCAGCAACAACCACAGCUGCCCUAGCAACAACCACAGCUGCUGGGGGAACAACCACAGCUGCCGUAGGAACAACCACAGCUGCCCUAGCAACAACCACAGCUGCUGGGGGAACAACCACAGCUGCCGCAGGAACAACCACAGCUGCCCUAGCAACAUCCACAGCUGCUGCUGGAACAACCACAGCUGCUGUGGGAACAACCACAGCUGCUGCAGCAACGGCAGCAGGAGCAACCACAGCUGCUGCAGCAACAACCACAGCAGGAACAACCACAGCUGCUGCAGCAACGGCAGCAGGAGCAACUACAGUGGCCCCAGCAGUAACUACAACAACAGUCGCACCAGUAAUGGAUGAAACAGUAGCAGCAGCUACAGCAGCACCAGCAGCAGCAGCACCAGAGCCAACAACUGCUGCCUCCUCUGCAGUUGUUAACAAGACAAGUUCCCUUUUCGUCAUUGCAGUUGUUACAGCACUAAUCUGGAAUUAAUAACCUGAUUUGAACAAAGGACAAAAUACCAUAUUUAGACAGUAUUUAUACUAUGUAUUUAUAACUGAAGGAUUUUACUUAAUUUAUUGUCAUUAUUUAUCAUGUACCUGUGACUUCAUAUUAUUUAUCUGAAAUUAUACUAUGCUGUAACUGACUUGUGUUCCUUACACACGGAGAAGUCAUUUUAUGAUGACAGAUGUUAUGUCAUGCUGGCAAACCUGAUAUUUAUUCUCUUGUCAUGAGACAAUACAUACAACUUUUAGUAACUAAUGUUAACAUUGACACAGAGCCAUAUGAGCCA